AUGCAAAAGGAGAAGUCUCAAGAUACUCAUCCACAUCGCUUCGCGCAUGUCGAAAUACCACCACGCUCCCCGCCAUCUCAUACCCACCACGUGCUAAGGGAUAGCGACAGAGAGAUAAGGGACUAUGCGAGUCCUCACAUUCUUGAUGAGCUAACCCAUGUCUUACCUGUGUUGGGACAGUCGAUACCUGAAUGUGAGGGCCCUUCUCACCCAGAGACGGUUAUGAAUUCCGACAAGUCGGAUCAGAUGCAAAAGAUUACAGCCAACAGGAAAGCAGAGGAAGAAUCGCACCCAUCGUUUGCAGAGGACUAUGGCAAAUUCAACCGAAUCCUCCAUUACGAUGACACCAAUACUGUUGAAUUGUACAAGAAGAAAGUACCGCUUUCUCAUCCAACAUCGCCAGCAAAGUCCCCGCCAAUCCAUAUACUGGGGAUAUUGAGACGAAACUCCACCGAUGCAGUUAAAGAACUCUAUGCAAUCAAAGUGUUUCGCCACACCCAUAGCCCCGUCUCUCCGGACAAUCUUCCAAGUCGAACUAUCUCCCUAUUUCACCCCAACAUUGUCCCACUCGUCGACAUUCUCUACAAUAAGCAAAGGAAUCUCUGUCUUGUCAUGCCGUACUAUGCUGGUGGUGACCUACUCUCUUUUCUUUGGCGAUCAUGGAAACCAAAGGACAAACCGUCCACCGAGGAGUUGGACUGUUUAGCUAUUCAAAUCCUGCGAGGAGUGGCGUUUUUACAUGAGAACAACAUUGCCCAUGGCGACCUAAGACCAGACCAUAUAUUCUUAACUUCCCGAGGCUCAGUGAAAGUGGGUGGUUUUGGUCAAGACGAAGAUGCAAUUCGAGAACUAGCCACGCUGUCAGAUAGUGGUAAUCUCACAUCCUCUUCAGAACCAACCCCUGACACACCUCCGGAUUCCGAAGAUAAGCCGAUUCUGUGCAUUCGGAGAACGGUUACAGACGCCAGUGUGCCUUAUCUUCCUCCUGAGAGGUUUCCUGCUCAGGGCUCUCGCCCUCAAAGCUAUGCACAACAAGAUGGCUGUGAUUUUAGAGCGGGAGAUAUGUGGGCAUGCGGCAUAAUCUGCGUGCUACUUCGAUCGGGAGAACUCCCCUGGCCCAGCGCCCAGAGAGUUAAUCCUGAGAAUGAGUCUUAUGCUGUUUACCUCCGCUGUCGUCUGAAGGAAGAUGGCUUCGGUCUCAUACAGGCUCUUGAAGAACAUUACCGAAAUUUAGUUUACGCGAUGUUACAUCCCGAUAUGGAGGCGAGAAUUACAGCAGAAGAGGUCUUGAGAUCUGAGUGGGCCCUUGAAGUGCCAGCUUGUGAGAUUGGGGAGAAGGGGUUGUGA